AUGCGCGGCGCGGCGCUCAAGAUUGGUCAGAUGCUGUCCAUCCAGGACGAGAGCGUGCUGCCGCCGCAGGUCCAGGCGGCUCUUGAACGUGUUCGUGCGGGUGCCGAUGUGAUGCCGCGCUCGCAACUGGAAGGGGUUUUGGUUUCGGAGCUGGGACCCGACUGGCAGCAGCAGCUCCGGGAGUUUGACUGGGAGCCCCGGGCUGCUGCGUCCAUUGGUCAGGUCGCCAAGCGGGAGUUGGCGCUCGAGUGCGACUACACGUACGAGUUGGCGUGUCAGCAACGGUAUCGGGCCCUCAUUUCUUCAGAUCCCGCCCUGUCGGCACAUUUCCACGUACCCGAUGUCGUACCGUCACUAUCCUCGCAACGCAUCUUGACAUCGGAAUGGGUGCGGGGGAUACCCAUUGACAAGGUUCGCGAGUUACCGCAGCCAGUUCGUGACGCGGUUGGCAGUCGGUUGCUUCAACUCACUCUCCGUGAGCUGUUCGAGUGGCGGUUCAUGCAAACCGACCCCAACUGGGGUAACUUCCUGUACGACACGGAAGCUGAUCGGCUCAACCUCAUUGAUUUUGGCGCGUCUAAGGACUACCCCGAGGGUUUCGUGGUGGACUACUUGCGGAUGGUGGCAGCGUGUGCUGAGAGGGACCGCCAGGGUGUCCUUGACAUGUCCGUCAAGCUUGGCUUCCUGACGGGAGACGAGUCGGAGGUAAUGCUGGACGCACACACACAGGCGGGCUUCGUGGUGGGUGUGCCUUUCGCCGCCCCCGGCCUGUACGACUUUGGAUCUCACGGCGGCAUGACGGCGCGGGUUUCGGAGCUGGGCUCCGUGAUGCUCAAACACAGGCUGACGCCGCCCCCCCAGGAGUCGUAUUCCCUUCAUCGGAAACUGAGCGGAGCCUUCCUGGCGUGCAUGAAGCUCAAGGCGCGGGUUCCAUGUCGUGAGAUGUUCUUCCGAACCUACGAGGCGCAGUUGGGGCCUUAUGUUCCGCCCAUAACGGCUAUAACGGAACCGCCACAGCCUAGUGAAGUGGAGGCACAAACAGCUGUGCAGGGCAGGGGCGGAUAGCCAGCAGUACUAGCAUAUAUACAUAGCCAGCAGUAGAUCGAUGAGCACUGAGGUUACGGCACUGCUGGAGCGGUGUCGGUGAUGCUGAUGAGCCGAGCAGUGAGGAGCGUACGUAGUGAUGGUGGUUUUGUUGGUGGGGUUUGGCGGUUUGUGUGACUACGUCAACAGGUUAACUUUGUGAGAGGAGUGGUAACCAAGAACAUUUUCGUGGGGUAGUGUGCUUUGCUUGCUGUGUGUGUGUCACACUGGAACAUAUGUCCCCGAAGGUUCCGGGAUCGAAACCUGUCAGGGUCGAGAAAAUCUUUACGAUGGUGGAAGGUAAGAGAGUGUCCCUAGUCGAUGGACGGUGGUGAGCUGGGAUAAAGUUGACUUGCGAGCUGACCAGGAAUGGAGUUGAGCCGCCGUUGAUCCGGCAGAUUCCGUUGGAUGCCGUUGGUGGGUGCUGAACCUGAGCGAUCCACUGAGAAGAUGACUAGGGUGACUGGAUGAGGGUGCUCCGAAAUACCGGGGAAGGGUACAGGGUCUGCCGGGUA